CUUCUCUCUCGCGCGUAACGGAAGUUACUUAUCGCCUGCUUCACACUCCUCAGGCGUUCAACAUGGCGGUGAAUCUAACCGAACUAUCUCUCCCACAGUUGGAAGGUUUGAAGGGCCAGCUGGAACAGGAAAUCGAGUUCUUGACUUCUUCAAUUGGUCAACUGAAAAUAGCCCAGACAAAGUAUGUGGAGGCCAAGGACAGUUUGGGCGUUCUCAACAAGGACAAUGAAGGAAAAGAGCUUCUGGUCCCCCUCACCAGCUCUAUGUAUGUUCCUGGGACUCUCAGUGAUGUGGAGCACGUGUUGGUGGAUGUAGGAACAGGCUAUUAUGUGGAAAAGAACGUGGAAGAAACCAGAGAAUUCUUCAAGCGCAAAAUUGACUUCCUUACGAAGCAGAUAGAGAAGAUUCAGCCGGCCCUGCAGGAGAAGCAUGCUAUGAAGCAGGCUGUAAUUGAAGUCAUGAACAUGAAGAUUCAGCAACUGCACAGUCAACAGACAUCACAAGCUGUGACUGCCAAGGCCUAAGAGAAAUUCUGGGUGUGGGAGGGCCAAGGGAAGAGGGAAGGCUUAUUAAAAAGUAGUUAGCGGACUUCAACACAGAAUAUUGCAAUAAAUUGUCAUUGGAACAAGUAACACUCAGAAGAAGAAAUUGCACUCUUUCAAGCUAUGUUGGUUAAAGACAAGAGCUGGAAUGCACACUGUUUAAGUCAAUUGUCACUGAAAAUGCAUCAUUCAAAGGUGUCCCAGGACAUUGUGUAAAUAGUCCUGCUAGGGCCUGAUAGGAGUUGAGUUAAAGAAGUAUCCCCCGUUCAUAAGUAUGUGGGAUGGAGGAGCAAAAAAGACUGGAGAGGAAAGAAAGUUACCAUUUCCUUUCAUUCUUACUGUGUAUUACAUCUGAAACAAAAAGGUUCGCAAUGGGGGGGAAAAAGUGAUGUUAACACACUGAGGGGCAGGGUCUUGAGUUAUUUGACAGUGUUCAAUAGCAUGGUCAUCUUGCCUAAUAAACUCUAAAGCCACAGAGACUCACUACAUAUAAAUGAUAAUGAUGCACGUCCUCAGUCGGUUAAACAAUUUGGUUGGAACACAUGCUCCCAUGUGGUUAUGUUUAGUUUGAUGAACAAGCUGUUCUGCAUAUGUGUAUCAGAUGACAUUGUUUUUGCGUCAGUGCUUUUGUGGCCUGUGGAAUGUGAUUAAAUAUUGCUGUCACUGCAGUCCAGUCAUUUAAGAAUUUUCAAUUAACCUUUUUUUAUUGUUGUACGUUUCUGUGUGAACAGAGGUGGGAUGGCUCAUUGCACUCUGGAUAUCACGUUAAAUUGACAAUAUUUGGUGAUUUCUUCAGCUCUUGACUGUUAUAAUACACUCACAAUUGAAUGCAAUGUCUGAAGUUGAAUAAAAUGACUGUACUCUUAUGUUCUUGUAUGUUGAAACACCUGAAAUACAGCAAUGGACAAAUAAAAUUGCUCAAGUUUAUUU